UAUACUUUCGCACUGAAAAGUUGAUACCGGGAAGUCAAAAUGCCGAUGGUAUUUCUGUACACUAAUCUAAAGGAUGAGGAGGUCCCUGCAGAUUUCGAGGUUAAAACUUCCAGAUGUGUGUCAGAAGUUCUGAACAAACCCAAAGAGAGAAUUCAUGUUAUUUUGAAUUCGGACAAACGUAUGUGUAGGAACGAAGAUUCUUCGCCCUGUGUGUUGAUUGAGAUUCAAUCCUUAGGCGUGUUUAGCGCCGACAAAAAUCCGGGAUACACAGAAAAGUUCAUGGAAUUCUUUUCGACCACACUCAGCAUUCCUAAAUCAAGAGUCACACUGGUGUAUAAAGCUGCUGAGGCCCACAUGAUCGGGAUAUUGUAGCAGAACAGUCUUGUGCAUACUACUAAUACAUAUUCACUAGUAUAAUAUAUAUAUAUAUAUAUAUAUAUAUAUAUAUAUAUAUAUAUAUAUAUAUAUAUAUAUAUAUAUAUAUAUAUAUAUAUAUAUACACACACAAUGUACUCCAUAUCCUAGAUUUUCCAACAAAAUUAAUGUUAUUGUUCAUUGACCCUUGAUUUGUUUAAUUUUAUUUUGAGAAUAUGUACAUCGUUUUUAGUUUGCAUGUUUUAUGGAUAAGUUCACGAAUAAAAAUAUACUGUCAU